AUGGGCAUUAUUUAACCAAAAAUCAAUAACUUUUACAAUCUACACAUUAAAUUUCAAUUAUAGAAUUUUGAAACUAAUACAAUUAAAUUAAAUGAUAUUUUUUAAGGUCAAGAUUUAAAUCCUUAAACUAAAGCAGAAAUCACCAAAUUAUUUAAAUUGUUAUAAAUUUAAUAUAAUGAAGAAUCAGAAGUUGAUAGAUAUGAGUUUUGUAUUAUUAUUGUAAAAUUUUAAAUUAAUUACAAGAUUUUAUUUACAAAAAUUACUUUGGAACAUAAAUUGGAGUAAAUUUUUUGUUAAAUUACUUAAACAGGAAUAUUAAGUUUCGAGGAAUUUUUUUGGUUAUCAUAAACUUUUAUUAGAGCAACUUGCAAGAUCAAUUUAUUAUCAAUACCUUUAUUUGAAUAAAUACUUAAAUUUGUUUAAAGAAUGUAUUAAUAAAUGAGAAAAGAUAUUGAUGAAAAUUUAAUGCUCAUAGAAGUUAUUGACUAUGUAAAAAGCAAUUCUGAAAUUUCAUAAUUUUUGCUGUAAUUUUUCAAAAUUUAAACUUAUGAAAAUGCUAUUCGUUAAUAAGAAAUAUAAAUGUAAUCUUAUUUAUAAUUAUUUAAUUCUACAAUUGGAUUAACAAGAAAAUAUGUUAAUAUUGAUUAAUUGACAAAAAAUUGGAAUACUUGUGAUAUAAAUAAAGAACAUUAACAAUAUUUAAUAUCUAUUAUGUUAAAAUAAAAGUCAGAUAAGUAAAAAUAAGUUAAUUUUAUCAAAUUAUCUUAAUAUAUACAUGUUAUUUCUAAUUAUUUAGCCUAUAUUGUUAAUGAUUUUGAAAAUUCAAAUAAUUUAUCUAUUGAUUUUAUUACAUAUUUAGUUUAUGCUUAAGAAGAAAUAAUAAUUACUGCUGAUAGAUUUGAAAAAAUUAAAAAAGACCUUUGUUAAGAUAGACCAUUUAUAACUUUACAAAUGUGGAUGAAUUAUUAAUGUAUACAAGAGUGCAAUAAAUUUGAAUCAUAAUUAAGAUCAUUAGUCAGAUUUUAUGAACAAAUCUAUUAAAAUAAAGAUUUCAAUCAACUUAUUCAAAAAAUCAAAAAGUUAUGCAAAAAAAAUGAAAAAAGCAAUCAAACAUAAAGUUAAUAUUUAAAUAAAUUUUUAUAAAAUUGGCUUUAAAAUCCAGAUCUUUAUAAUGUUGGUAGCAUUGAAUUGAAAUUGAAAAUUGAAUAACUUCUAAGCAAAUGA